AUGAGCUCCCAAAAUCUAAGAACUGAUGAUACUGCUGCUAAUAGAGACUUUACUGAUAGAUGGAGGAUUGAUUGUGAUUUUGUCAUUAAACAACCUAUUCAGUGUACUUGGCUUGCUCCUAGUGGCUAUGAUAUCAUUAUAAAUACUGAUGGUUCUAAACAGGAUGUGACUGCUAGGUUUGGUGCACUUGUCAGGGAUUCUUUGGGGGACCCUUUGGUUGUUAGUUAUGGUGGAUCACUGCUCCUCUAUGUUAUUACUCAUGAGCUUCAGAGAGUUUAUUUGGGAUUGAAGUUAGCUAUUAGAAUUGAAGCUCGUUAUAUUCAUCUGUGCACUGACUCCUUGAUUGUGUGCCUGUUACUUAAUAGUCUUGAUCCCAAGCCACCUUGGGGAAAUAAUCAGAUACGGAGAAGACUUCAGAUACUGCUGAAUAAAACUUUUUUUAUGAAGAUCAUCCAUUGUUAUAAGGAGUCGAAUAAAACUGCGGAUUUUCUAACUAAGCUUCAUCCAAAAAAAACUUUUGUUAAUCUUGUUAUUGAGGAUUUCUCCCCUGACUUUAGGGAGAUUCUGGCUUCUGAUUAA